UGGUUUCCCAACCACCCUGCCCCUAAGUUUUUUUUCUCUCAUUGCUGCUCCCUUUAUGAACAAAUAAGUAUUUCUAAUACUGGUUUCCUUUGCUACAGUUUUUCUGUUGAGUUUAAAGGUGUGUAGGUGUGUCGCUUUAACCAAGUGCUUUAAAAAAAAAAAUUUAAAAAAAAUUAUGAAUGUAGUUUAAAUUGCAAACAACAUGGCUGUUUGGACAAGGGCUGAUAAGAAUGGACUUCUUGAACUUUUGCUCCGGGACCGCUGGAUUCGGGUAUUGGCAGAACUCACCCGGGAAACACUCACCCUCACAGCUGAUGCUGAACCAGGGCAUGGAGGUGCUAUGGAAUAUAAUAUUAGCCAUCUGCCCGGGGCGUGGAAUGGGGUGACAAACGGAACCGAACCAGGGACGGCAGCUGGCAACUCGAACCGAUCCUACAACCAGAAUUCGAAUCACAGUGCGCUUAGGCGAACUGGGAGCCCUGGCAAUGGUGGGACAAACCGAGGUCAAACUGAUACCAGCUCCGGGGUCAACAGCCCUGGUUCGGGCCGGGUUCCCCAUGACAACGGGACGGUUUCUGAUUUAGGUAUCCCUGGCUCUAGUUUUAGUAGCGCAGGACCAGUGAGGUCUGGGGAACCUAAUAUAAGUUUAGAAAGUGGUGGUUCUGAGAUGGUAAGAAAGGUUCGAGUACUGAAACAGGAGUCUGGUGGGCUUGGUAUCAGUAUCAAGGGGGGACAGGAGAACCGUAUGCCUAUCCUCAUUUCCAAGAUUUUCCCCGGACUCGCCGCGGACCACAGUCGGGCUCUUCGGGUCGGGGAUGCCAUUCUGUCUGUCAACGGCAACGACCUCCGUGAAGCAACUCACGAUCAAGCAGUCCAGGCACUGAAAAAGGCCGGCAAAGAAGUUACACUAGAAGGUGAGUCAAUGCAGCAUAUUCUGGGGAUUUAUCCAGGCCUGGUGAUUAAAAUAGUUUUGCAGAAAAGUAAUACUCCGUACGAUAGCCUACUAAAUAUAAAGGAAAAAAAACAACAAUAUAGAGAAAAAGGUGCAGGUUAUCUGAUCACAAUAGUUGCAACAGUGCUGUCAAAAGUUCUGUUACAAGAUGGUUACAUAAUCAAAGUCUACCAAGAAAAUCUCAAAUAUUUACAGGAGUAACUUAGGAUACACGAAGACACAUGUCAGUGUACGUUUUACUAUUGCAUUUUAAAUGUGUUUAUUUUAAACUUUGUUAGAGUAGUCUACGGAAUUAAUCUGUUCAUGUGAUCGUGCUAUGUAAAGUUACAGGCUGGAGAAAAUUGUAACUAUGAAGUGUGCAAUAUUCCUUAUGGACAUGUGCCGUUCAUAUAUGUAGCCGUACUAUCAUGCUAAAUGUACAGGACUGAUACCAAAUCGUUUGUUCAUGUUCAUCAAAUGUGGCAUACAUCUGAUAAACGCAGGUUUGUACUUUUUGUGUUUUACUUGUUUGUCUUGGUUUCAUUUUAUCGUCUCGCAAUUUCCUAG